UUCUUUACCAACCUGUGAGAUUUGCAAGAGAGGAGAGUUUAUAUGGAUGCUCAAACUCAAACUCAAACUCAAACAAGCAAGAACUUCAAAGAAGAAGAUGCUUCUAUUGAUUGGAGAGGGAGAGCUUGCAACCCAAACAAACAAGGAGGCAUGAGAGCUGCCUUCUUUGUCUUAGGAAUACAAGCAUUUGAAAUCAUGGCAAUAGGAGCAGUGGGGAACAACCUCAUAACAUAUGUCUUCACUGAGAUGCACUUUCCUUUGUCCAAAUCAGCCAACAUAGUGACCAACUUCGUUGGAACUAUCUUCCUUUUGUCUCUCCUCGGUGGAUUCUUGUCAGAUUCUUAUCUAGGGAGUUUCUGGACCAUGCUCAUCUUUGCCUUUGUUGAACUCUCGGGUUUCAUUUUGCUGGCAGUGCAAGCACAUGUCCCACAGUUGAGGCCACCAAAGUGCAACAUGAUGUCAAAAGGAGAGCAAUGUUUAGAAGCCAAAGGAUUCAAGGCCACAAUAUUUUUCAUUGCUCUAUACUUAGUGGCACUUGGCAGUGGUUGUCUGAAACCAAACAUGAUAUCUCACGGAGCAGACCAAUUCAACGUCAAAGAAGACAGCAAACAGACAAAGAAGUUGUCCACUUACUUCAACACUGCUUAUUUUAGCUUCUGUUUUGGCCAACUCAUUGCUCUAACUCUUCUUGUUUGGAUUCAAACUCAUUAUGGAAUGGAUGUUGGUUUUGGAGUUUCUGCUGCUGCAAUGGCCAUGGCUCUUGUUUCUUUGGUUUCUGGUGUUUGUUUUUAUAGAAACAAGCCUCCUCAAGGCACUAUUUUCACUCCUCUAGUUCAGGUGUUUGUAGCUGCUGCUAUUAAGAGAAAGCAAGUAUGCCCAAUGAAUUCUGAAGUUUCUUAUAAACAACAUCGUCAUUGGGACAAAUUCAGGUUUCUUGACAAAGCAUGUGUGAGAAUUGAGAAUGGAACAAACACAAAAGAAAGUGCAUGGACAUUGUGCAGCAGAAAACAAGUAGAACAAGUGAAAACAAUCCUCUCAUUAAUUCCAAUCUUUGCAUGCACAAUAAUCUUCAACACAAUCUUAGCACAACUCCAAACAUUCUCAGUCCAACAAGGGACUUCCAUGAACACAAACCUCACCAACUCCUUCACCAUUCCUCCUGCUUCCCUCCAAUCCAUUCCUUACCUCAUGCUCAUCAUCCUAGUCCCCAGUUAUGAGCUCUUCUUCAUUCCCUUAUCUCGCAAACUCACCGGAAAAACCUCCGGAGUGUCGCCUCUCCAACGCAUAGGCAUCGGCCUCUUCACCGUCACCUUCUCCAUGGUCUCCGCCGCAAUCGUCGAAAACAAGAGAAGGAACAUUGCCUUAACAUCAAGCAAAACAAUCUCCAUCUUUUGGAUUGCACCACAAUUCCUCAUUUUUGGUCUCUCAGAGAUGUUCACUGCUGUGGGACUUAUUGAGUUCUUCUACAAACAGUCAUUGGAUGGCAUGCAAUCUUUUCUCACUGCCAUGACAUACUGUUCUUAUUCAUUUGGCUUCUUCUUGAGCUCAGUGCUUGUUUCACUUGUGAACAAGAUCACAGGAGAUGGUUGGCUAAGUUAUAAUGAUCUUAAUAAGGACAGGCUUGACUUGUUUUACUGGCUUCUUUCAGCUCUAAGCUUGGUCAACUUUUUUAACUAUCUUUUUUGGUCAAGUUGGUACUCUAAUAGUUCAUCUUUGGAAGGUGGAUCAUUUGGGGAAAAGGAAGAAGAAGAAGAUAAGGCUAACUGUUUUAGCUCUUCAAGGAUUAGUAAUGGAGAUGGAGAUAUUGUAUAGAGCUUUGUUAUUUAAUAAUGAGCACUAGCACUUUUAAUAUUUUAUUUUUAGUUCUUACAUUGACUUUGUAUUAAGUAAAGGCUUAAAAAAGAGUGAGGUUUUGUGGA